AUGGCUCGCCUUGUUGAGCUCCAGGUGGUAGGGCUUUGGGGCGGUGCUCUCCUGGCUGCUCCAAAGUCUGAGGGCCGGGCCUGCAAACAGUGCCCCGGCCAGGGUGCGGAACUUGCGGGAAGAGGUAGCAAACUCUCUGCAGCCUUGGGCGUUGCUGGUGCACUACCACUGGCAUACCUGGGUUUCAGACGUUGGCGACGUGGACGCUUGGCUGUGGCCGCAGGAUGUUUCGCCAGCAGUUCAGUGGUUCUUGGCAUCUGUGCACUUCAGCUGUUUCAGGUGGCAAAAGCUCGGGAGCCGACUUGCACUGAAGCUGUAGCCAUCGAAAAGCUGGGCAAGACAGGGACAUCCAGGGACGAAUAG